AUGACGAGGAGGCCAUCUCAACACCAACAAAGGAGAAGACUUUGGAAGAGGAAAGAGAAAAGGAAACCUGCUGAAAAGUAUUCGGCAUUGCAAACAACAGAGGUCAAAAAGUCACUGGUAAGACCAAGGGAAAACCUGUUGGAGCAAUAUACCACCAGACUUGCGUUUGCCCAAAUGUCUGCCAAGCAGGGCAUCAAGAAGUACUACAAAGAAGCGGAACUGAAGCUAAUUGCCGAGUUCGCUCAGGUACUGGAAUUCCAAGUUUUCCACCAAGUUAAAGCAGACGGACCCGAUGGCAAUUCCUUGGAAGAAAAGAGAGGAUCCGGUGAGGAGCGUUUUCAACGUCUCAAGAAAUUGUCAGAAAGUGCUGAAACUCUCAUGGAUAUGGGUUUCAAGCUUAAUCCAUAUGAUCUGUGCGUCGCCAACUGUGACAUUGAUGGAAAACAAGAAUGCAUGAUUUGCCGGUACCUAGACAAUGAUAAGAUCAGUCAUGUGAAAUUGGAAGUCGUACAGGAUAUCAUUGGGACGAUCAAAGUCAAGUCCAGAAAGAUGACGAGCAAGUAUGGUGAAGAGCAUGCGUUUUUGGGAAUGAAGAUUACACUCAAAGACGGCAAAGUUGAGAUCAGCAUGAAGAAACAUAUUAAGAAAGCGAUCAAUAUGUUCAUGGACGACAUCAAUAGAGAGGCAACUUUGCCUGCCAAAGCUUGUCUUUUGGACAUGAGAGAAGCGGCAAAAGAUUUGAACGAAGAAAGAGCUGACAAUUUCCACAGUGUGACACUGUCACGGUUGUACCCCUCUCAAGAAGAUUCUGUCUAG